GGCGUGGACAAAUGAUCGGAGGGGGAGCUAAGAGAGUCUGGCAGACCAUGCACACUUCUGCUCCCCAUUCCAAGGACCCACCUGGCAACAGGGCCCUCUUCUCUGAACAUCUGGGAAGAAACCCCUCUACCAGCUGCAGGAUGGGCAGCAGCAGAAGGAAGGUCAUCUGGGUUCUGUGCUCGCUGCUGCUGCUCCUUGAAGCCAGUUCUGCCAAGAGUAUUUGGAAACGGGCAUUGCAUGCGAGGCUGGCUGAGAAAUCCCACGCCGAGGAGGCGGCCAGCCCCUGGCAGCCCCGCGCGGACCGCUGCCCGCCGCCCCCGCGCUCGCUGCCCCCUGGAGCCUGCGAGGUGGAGCCCUGCCAAGGCCACUCCGAGUGCCCGCAGCGCCAGCGCUGCUGCUACAACGGCUGCGCCUACGCCUGCCUGGAGGCCAUGCCGCCCCCUCCAGUUGUAGAUUGGCUGGUAGAGCCGAAACCUCGAUGGCUUGGUGGCAAUGGCUGGCUCCUGGAUGGCCCCGAGGAGGUGUUACAAGCAGAGACCUGCAGCACCACAGAGGACGGGGCGGAGCCACUCCUCUGUCCCUCAGGCUACGAGUGCCACAUCCUGAGCCCGGGUGACAUGGCCAAGGGCAUCCCCAACCGCGGGCAGUGCGUCAAGCAGGGCCCAGCAGCUAAUUUGAAAGGACAUUCCUCACUUUCUGCUAAGCCUUGGACACCGUUGUGUAAGAAUGCUUUGACCCUCAGAGGUCAUGCCCAGCUCAGAGAGCAUCACCUCAGAGAUGCCGAGAGACAGGACACGGCUCUCAUCCCCAGUGCCCUCCUGGCUGGGUGACGGUGGGAGCCGCUGACCGGCGCCGGGUCCUGCUCUGUCGCCUUGGAAAUGCCUGGAUCUCACAGACGCUACCUGGGAAGAAGGCACUGCCUUGUGAGCACGGGCGAAGCUCCUUCCUAAGUCAGAGUUCCGUGUCGUGUCAUUUACAGCCUUCGUCCAGGCCCGACGCUGGUGGGCACGCACCCAGCCCUCCCAGAGUCUCAAAAUAUAGCCACGCUCUCCCAAUACAUUCGCUCAUCAUAAAAUGAAGACGAACGUA